GUCGUAAUGUGGCGCUGAAGGAGCUCACAUUUCAAGAUACAACUUGUAAAGAAUGGAUCACCGGUCUCAAUAGGAUCUUCUCAUCGGACAAGGCGGUGGAUGGCAACACUAAUAAUCAUUUUUACAGAGGCUAUAGCUGCUCGAAGACUUCCAAUCGUUUGCCGUCGGCAUUUCCUGUCCCCACCUGGAUGGUGAUAUUAUCAAAGGAGUAUGCAGUCAAUAGAUACGCCAUAUACAAUAGAGGGGAUG